ACGACAUAUGUACGCAUUGAACACGGAAGUCACUUGGAAUUUUUGACCUGACACCUAUUGCAGUGAUCAUCGUUUCACAAUGUCAGUGCUAGUGGAAACAUCGCUUGGUGUUUUCGUGCUGGAUUUGUAUACCAAAGAGCGCCCAAAGUGUUCAUUUAACUUUAUAAAGUUGUGCUGCAUGAAAGCAUACAAUUUCUGCGUUUUUCAUUCCGUUCAAAAGAAUCUCGUUGCUCAGACAGGGGACCCCAGCGGUACUGGCCGUGGUGGUUCUUCCAUCUUUGAGUAUCUUUACGGAUCUCAGGCGAAAUUCUUUGAAUCUGAAAAGAAGCCAAAGAUCUCGCACUCUAAGCGAGGUCUCGUUUCAAUGGUUGAUAAUGGUUACGGCCAACAUGGUUCUCAGUUUUUCAUAACCUUGGCUGACGGUCUUGAGUACCUUGAUGACAAACAUACUGUUUUUGGUCAGAUUGCAGAGGGCUUUGAUUUUCUUGAUAAUAUCAACGAGGUAUACUGUGAUGAAGAGAACCGGCCUUUCCGAAAUGUUAGAAUACGCCACACGAUCAUCCUUGAUGAUCCUUUCCCAAGUCCAGCGGACCUUGACUUUCCGGAUUCUCCCACCCGUGUCCCACUCUCGCAAUUUAUUGACAUCGGUCCACCACGCAUAGAAGAAGAUGAGGCGUUGGAAGAAACUGUAUGUUCUUCGCCAACACAGUUGGUAGAAUUGAAGGCUGAGCAGGAGGCGAAAACGCACGCCCAGCUGCUUACUCUCAUCGGCGAUCUUCCUGACGCUGACGUGAAACCACCAGAUAACGUGUUGUUCGUCUGCCGAUUGAAUCCUGUGACAACUGCGGAAGACCUAGAAAUUAUCUUCAGUCGCUUUGGACCCAUAAAGUCGUGCGAAGUGAUUCGCGAUCGGCGUACCGGUGCCUCUUUGCAAUAUGCAUUUAUUGAAUUUGAAAACGACUCCGAUUGUGAAAGUGCUUUUUUCAAGAUGGACAAGGUUGUGAUCGACGACAGGCGCAUUCACGUCGAUUUUAGUCAAUCGGUUGCAAAAGAGUGGAAGAAAUACAAACAACAACAACAGCAGCAACAACAACAGGUGCCACGGACAUCACAGGAGUCAUCCAGAUUGCACAACCGGAAGCGAACAUUUCCCACUCAGUCAGACCGGUAUCAUCGGGCCCCAAGGAGUCGCACCCGUAGCCGCUCGGCGGAACUUCCUCGCGGUUCACGAGCCAAGCAUGUCAAAGCCACAAACAAGCGACAUUCUUCGCGCUCCUCGUCCGACGACCGGGAUGAGGAUAGACGGGGCCGCAGUAUGCUUCCGGGUGCUGAUCUCGACUUAGUGAUUUCCGACAGUGACGAGAAUGCCUCACAUUCAACUUCAGGUUCACCAUCACGUAAACGGCGACACAGAAAGCUCAAGCCUCACUUGCACCCAAAGGACUCCCAUCACAAGAAACACCACAAGUCGAAACAUAAAAAAGUGAAAAAGUCCGAAUACCCACGAAACAGACAUUGACUUUGCGGAACUUUUUAUGCAAUAACCCUCUUGAAAGAACUUGUACAUAUAUGAUCUUGGAAUUUCGCUUUCAUUGUUUUUUCUUUUUUUGCAGCUGCUACUGUGGCACCUUACGGUGUAAUCUGGUGAAUUGAUUACCGAAUGAUCUAACUGGUUUUUCGGUUCUUAAUUAACAACUUAGUGUAAAUUGUGGCUUCAUUGGUCUACACUGCGGAAAUCAAAU